UUAGGCUUCGCGCAUGAUCUCACAGACUACGUGGUUCAUGGCAAGCGAGCAGUUCGAGACAACUGGGAACUGAAAAAAGAACGAGGUCAAAUCAGUCAGUGAUCUUCAGGUCGGAAUGUCGGAGCUCUAAGAAAGAUGCCCAAGUCUCCGAAUUGUAAUUCCGAGUUGGAUGACCGUUCAAACGAUUUUGUUCUCCAGUCAGAGCUCGUUUUUGCCUAGUUGUCUUGAACGCAUUGAAGUCAAGGAUGUCCUACUUCCCAGUUGUUUUUGAACGCGUAUAUUCAUUAGCAGUCUUUAUUCCUAAUGUUUGUUUGUUAUUUAGACCGUGGGAGUCCGCUAUACUUACUCCAUAUGACAGUCUUGUUGUGUACCUGCUAAUCAGCCUACUACCAAAGCAAGUUGGUUUCCAAUAGCCUAUAACGUCACAGAGCUAUAGCCUACGUCCAGAUCAUCCUCGCGAUGGAUAUGUGUUCACUUUUAUCUAAGUGUGUCAUCAAACAAACAAAGCACAAACAUUCCAAGCUUCUGCGCAUGUUCUAUCCAACCAAGUUCUCUGUUGGCUAGUGAUGGAAGUUAUGCUGGGGAUAGGACCAGAGUGUCUUGUUCUACAAAUCUAAGGUGCUGAAUUAGGCUAUGGUUUGCCCUGAUACAUAACGGUAACAGCAGCUCUUCCCAGACCCCCCCAGCCAGCUACUCCACCAACCCUUCAGCCCAGGCCCAAGCCCAGCCAUGACAGCCAAGUCGUCCCUGCUCAAGGUGAUCCUCCUGGGGGACGGUGGCGUGGGCAAGUCCUCCCUCAUGAACCGCUACGUCACCAACAAGUUUGACACGCAUCUCUUCCACACCAUUGGCGUGGAGUUCCUAAACAAGGAGCUGGAGGUGGACGGGCGCACCGUGACGCUCCAAAUCUGGGACACGGCGGGCCAGGAGCGCUUCCGCUCGCUCCGGACACCUUUCUACCGUGGCUCCGACUGUUGUCUCCUAACCUUCAGCGUGGAUGACAACCAGAGCUUCCACAAUCUCAACAACUGGAAGAAGGAGUUUGCCUACUACGCUGAUGUCAAGGAACCUGAGAAGUUCCCAUUCGUGAUCCUGGGUAAUAAGUUGGAUGUGCCAGAGAGGCAGGUUUCGGGCGAGGACGCCCGCCAGUGGUGCCGCGACAACGGUGGCCACCCGUACUUUGAGACGAGCGCCAAGGACUCGACCAACGUGGCGGCCGCGUUUGAGGAGGCGGUGAGGAGAGUGCUGGCGCAGGAGGAACGGGGGGAGCACCUCAUCCCGACGGACACAGUGGACCUGCACAGGAAGCCGCGCUCUGGCGCCUCCUGCUGCUGACUCUUAAAGGCCCAAUGCAGCUGUUUAUCUCAAUUUGAAAUUGGCAAAAAAACUAUUUCUCAAGCAAGAAUUUUGCUAAGACUGGGAAAACUAGCUGUUUAUUGGAAGAGGUUUGGAACAGUUUUUGUUAUUGGUAUAUUAACCAGUCUACCGAACAGUGAUGUCACCAUUGAAAGCUGAAACUCCCGUCCAUGCAAACCUGCUGAUUAUAAUGUCCUGUGUAGAUUGUAUUUUCAACCACCAACUAUCAGGAAAUAAACUGAUCACAUUUUUUCACAAUUUUACAGUAUUUGUUUCAUCAGCUGUUUAUACAAUAUGGUAUGAAACACAGGAAAAUUAUAAUUUUUACUUGCACUGGGCCUUCAAAGAGUCAGUAGGGGCAUAUUUGAACUUCUGCUGCCCAACUCUGGCCGUAACUUGUGAGUUCUGAUGAUACCAACGGCCACUUGGUUCAAGUUCUCCUUUUUUAACUGUGGUUAAUGCUUUCGUUCUGCUCUGUGCUCCUCCCUUGGUUUACCUGACUGCAUGUGCACACAGACACACAACCUGUUCAUGGCAUUAUACACACCCAACCCACUUAGGCUAUAUAAGUUUUAUCAUACACAGGAGUGCUCAUAGUUGGGCUUGCUAUUUGACAUUCCUUUGCGCUGGCGAGUGUGUUUUAUCAGUGACUACUACGAUCAAGAGAUUACUUUGUUCUGCGCUUGUCCUCCAGCAAUCAAGUAAUGACUAAAUAUUUACAUUUUUAGUCAUAGCAGACACCCUUAUCCAGAGCAACUUACAGUAGUGAGUGCUUACAUUUUCUGUACUUUUUCAUAGUGGUCCCCCGUGGGAAUCAAAUUCACAACACUGCCGUUGCAAGCGCCCUGCUCUACCAAUUGAGCCACAUGGGAAAUACUACAUUGUCAUCCCAUCUAUUAAAUGGGCUGAAUGUGCCAAAUGUAUAUUAAUAUUGUUGAUUGUUUAAAAUAAUCGUAUUUUGUAUUAACGUUAGUGGUGGUAGUCAGUACACAGACUGACUGAACUACAGUAUGUGUUGGGGGGAAAACCAGAGGGUUCUGUCCAGUCUACAUCAUUGUACAAAUGGAAAGAAUUUCAGUCAAACUCAUUUCUCUGAUUAUUCUCACUUGAUGGGCUGAUUUUAGAUUUUAAACCCACUCAACCAAGCCAUGCAAAUUUUGGCUGUGUGAAUUCGAAGCCGUUCAUUGGCUGGAUUGAGUGCUCUAUAGAGACCAACGUAUGCCCAGCCAUCAUAAUGACCAAAAUGGCUUUAACAUGUUUAAUCUCAUCCAAUUUCCAGAUAAACUGUCAAAAGCCUUUUUAUAGCCAUGUUAAUGUGUGUUCGUUAGGAAUGUUAAUUUAUUUAAAUGUAUUUACAGUCACUCACUACGCAAACUUGUGCACCUGAUGCCUCAGGACGCAAGUGCAUUAGCUAGCCUAACUGUUUUCGGAGAGUUUGGAAAUGAGAGGCUUUUUAAUGUUAUGUUGCCUGGACCUGGACUAACCAUUUAGGAAUUCAGCAGCAAAUCCCGGGCCAUUGCGCCACAAUUUAUUAUAGUAGGCUAUAGGCUGACUUGUGCCAUCAUGAGUUCUGUGUACUAUAGCCCCAAGGAAACCAGUUGUAAAUGCAUACCAGUUGUUCCUAUGUUUUGCUGUAAAACAAGACCAACCAUGACACACUAAACUGUAGGCCUAUUGUACUUUUUUUAUGUAAAAAAAAUAUUGUUGUUUAUUUGUCAAAAGACCCCCCAAUAACAGUGAUGUUACCAGUAUUCAAAUGUGAACCAGUAAUUUCUACAGCAGGGUUCCCCAAUUGGUAGCCCACGGCACACCAAGUUUUCUGAGAAUAUACAGUACCAGUCAAAGGUUUGGAGACACCUACUCAUUCAAGGGUUUAUCUUUAUUUUCUACAUUGUAGAAUAAUAGUGAAGACAUCAAAACGAUAAAAUAACACAUAUGGAAUCAUGCAGUAACCAAAAAAGUGUUUAAUAAAUCAACAUAUAUAAGUCGCUCUGGAUAAGAGCGUCUGCUAAAUGACUUAAAUGUAAAUGUAAUAUAUUUGAGGUUCUUCAAAGUAGGCACCCUUUGCCUCGAUGACAACUUUGGACACUUGGCAUUCUCUCAACCACCUUUCCAACAGUCUUGAAGGAGUUUCCACAUAUGCUGAGCACAUGUUGGCUGCUUUUCCUUCACUCUGUAGUCCAACUAGAUCAUCCGUUCACCUACUCUGCGUCUCACAAAGACAGUGUUUGGAACCAAAAAUCAAAACUUUGGACUCAUCAGACAUAUUUCCACCGGUCUAAUGUCCAUUGCUCAUGUUUCUUGGCCCAUGCAAGUCUCUUCUGAUUGUCCUUUAGUAGUGGUUUCUUUACAACAAUUUGACAAUGAAGGCCUGAUUCACACCAUCUCCUCUGAACAGUUGAUGUUGAGAUGUGUCUGUUAUUUGAACUUUGAAGCAUUUAUUUGGGCUGCAAUUUCUGAGGCUGGUAACUCUAAUGAACUUAUCCUCUGCAGCAGAGUUAAGUCUGGGUCUUCCUUUCCUGUGGCAGUCCUCAUGAGAGCCCGUGCUUGAUGGUUUUUGCGGCUGCACUUUAAGAAACUUUCAAAGUUCUUGAAAUUUUACAGAUUGACUGACCAUGUUUUAAAGUAAGGAUGGACUGUUGUUUCUCUUUGCUUAUUUGAUCUGUUCAUUCCACAAUAUGGACAUGGUCUUUUACUAAAUAGGGUUAUCUUCUGUAUACCAUCCCUACCUUGUCAAAACACAACUGACUGGCUCAAAUGUAUUAAGGAAAGAAAUUCCACAAAUUAACUUUUCACAAGUCUUAAUUGAAUUGCAUUCCGUGUGACUACCUCAUGAAGCUGGUUGAGAGAAUGCCAAGAGUGUGCAAAGCUGUCAGAGGCAAAGGGUGGCUACUUUGAACAAUAUAUUUGGAUUUGUUUAACACUUUUUUUGUUUACAUGAUUCCAUGUGAUAUUUCAUAGUUUGGUGUCACUAUUAUUCUAGGAUGUAGAAAAUAGUAAAAAUAAUGAAAAGAAAUUGAACGAGUAGGUGUCUCAACUUUUAACCGAUACUGUGUAUAAUAUAUGUAUAGUUAUUUUUUUGUUGCAUGUAAGACUGUAAAAACACUGGCAAAUCAGCUCCAAGUGAUUUUUAUUUUGUAUGUCUUCCAAAGUAUUCCCACGCAUUAUAGAAAGAUGCAUGUAAUUGUAUACAAAUGUAAGCAAGGUGUGAAAUGUAUGUUUUCGUCAAAUAUUCGAUCUUUGGACUUUGGUCAAUUUGCAGUCUAAAAAUUAUUUAUUUUCUGGCCCCCUGACCAUCCGCUCAAGAACAAAAAUUGUCCUGUUCCAGUGUCUUGCAUUAAAACAUGAACCACCCUGAAACACUCAAUACGGUCUUAAAAUGUAUGUUUGUGUGUGUGUGUUGAAAUAAAAAGUUGGCAAUUUUUUAACCUA